CCGUGCACAGUCGAUGCAGGCUGACGCUUGGAGUAGGCAGGGGGAUGUAUUUAAUGUGAGGAUGGUUUUUUCACGGUAGAUGCGAGAGAUGUCUGUGAUGACAAUUCCUGUUCCCUGUAUUCACUGAGUGUGACCAUACAAAUCGGCAUGAUUUUCACCACGUGGAUGCUGUCGUUUGUGGCCGAAGUAGUGUUAGUGACAACGUUGAACCAGAGCGCAAUACCACGACCUACACAUGGGAAUAUACUUCGACCUGGACUUCACAUCUGUCGUCAAGAUGCAGUUGUCAUGAAAGCAGUACCCACAACAAAAUCCGUCUGUGUUCCGUAUUACCAAAGGAGUUAUCUACCUUGUCGAGGAAACAAGACGGGAGUUUGUCCACAUUUCAGACUGUCCUACAGGAUGGAGAUGAGGCGACUGAUUGAGAUGAGGCCCCAGUACAAUACCCGCUUCGCCUGCUGCCCAGGGUGGACGGGAUAUGACGCCCAGAAAAACGCCUGUCUGGAACCUGUCUGCGUUCCUGCGUGUCAACAUGGCGGCAAAUGUCACGUGCCUAACACGUGCAACUGUCUGGACGGAUGGAGCGGCAGUUCUUGUGAGUCUGUUGUUUCCGAAUGCCAGAGUAGCCCAUGUGAGCAGAGAUGCGUCACCAGUGACGGAGCUUGCGACUGCCAGGUUACCGUGAUGACGGUCGCACCUGCACUUUCUGCCUGUCCUGCACGGAUGAGUUCACGACCAUGUUACAAGACCAGAAACAUCUCACCCACACUGUCAACACCAUACACGUCGACAAUGACAUACUGACGCUGAACUUGACCAAGCUUCACAAAGAUUUGCGGACACUGUCAACAUUGCCCACGUCCCCGCCCAUACAGGAUCUGCCACGCCCUCCUACCUCAGCCACGCCCACCCCCGAGCAGAAUAUUGAGGACGUCAACACCUACCUGUCAUCACUGAGCGAACAGAUCGCUAUGCUGGAGGAGAGACUGGAUGUCUGCACGUGCACCAAACAGUCGGGCAAGAUGACGGCGAUGUCCGGGUUCCGGGGAGGUCAAGACUCCGAUACGGUUAGAUAGAUGGGGUCAGUGACCAGACUCCCCCGUCCCCACCCCUCCUGACCACUCCGCGUCCCCAUGUCAUGGUGCUUAAUGUAAUGGAUGAGUGAGUAGCUGGACAUGGUGGAUGGAACGUGUGGGCGGGUCCUCUCCAGUGGGGACUGGUAUACUUCCUCAUCUAACCCUACCUCAGCACGCAGGUUGCCACGAGAUGCUAUAGGCUGCUGAUGAGGGUGAGGCUUCAUCCCUUGAUAGAGACUCAUACGUGUGAUCGUUAACGUUUUAGACAGUAAAUAUCUGUAUUCA